AUGUCAUACAAAGCUUUUUUUCAAGUGGUUAUUACUGGUGCCCAAGUAUUUGGUCGUGCAUUUGCAGAGGCUUAUAAACAAACAGCAGUACAAUCAGCAACAAAAGGUGCUACUGCAGGAAGAAAUGGCUCAGCAGUCAGGGAGUUUGGUGGUAUAACAUUAGAUGAAAGUUCCAAAAUAUUGAAUAUUCCACGUGAAGAUUUAAACAACCUGGACAAAAUUAAUAAGAAUUAUGAAUAUUUAUUUUCUAUUAAUGAUGCAAAUAAAGGUGGAAGUUUCUAUUUACAAUCUAAGAUUUAUAGAGCCGCUGAAAGGUUAAAGCAUGAGAUUGACAUAAAGCAGAAAGAAAACCAACAAACUGGAGAAACAGAAGGAGGUAAUGGAAAGGAUAGUGCGGAAAAUAAAAAUAACAACACUACAACUAACUCAGAAUGA